CGCGAGGACGCGCACCGGGGACGCGCGGGGCCGCCGUGGCGGGAGAAGCGCUUCCGGUGGCGGCUGAGGCUGCGCUGAGCGGGACCUGCGAGCGGCGCGGGCGGCGGCCCGGGGGAAGCGUUCGGGACCAUGUCUGGAGAACUGCCACCAAACAUUAACAUCCGGGAACCUCGAUGGGAUCAAAGCACUUUCGUUGGACGAGCCAACCAUUUCUUCACCGUAACUGACCCCAGGAACAUUCUGUUAACAAACGAACAACUAGAGAGUGCAAGAAAAACAGUACAUGAUUACAGGCAAGGAAUUGUUCCUCCUGGUCUUACAGAAAAUGAAUUGUGGAGAGCAAAGUACAUCUAUGAUUCAGCUUUUCAUCCUGACACUGGUGAGAAGAUGAUUUUGAUAGGAAGAAUGUCAGCCCAGGUUCCAAUGAACAUGACCAUCACAGGUUGUAUGAUGACCUUUUACAGGACGACGCCGGCUGUGCUGUUCUGGCAGUGGAUUAACCAGUCCUUCAAUGCCGUUGUCAAUUACACCAACAGAAGUGGAGAUGCUCCCCUCACUGUCAAUGAGUUGGGAACAGCUUAUGUUUCUGCAACAACCAGCGCUGUAGCAACAGCUCUAGGACUUAAUGCACUGACCAAGCAUGUCUCACCACUGAUAGGACGUUUCGUUCCGUUUGCUGCCGUAGCUGCUGCUAAUUGCAUUAACAUUCCAUUAAUGAGGCAAAGGGAACUCAAAGUUGGCAUUCCCAUCAUGGAUGAGAAUGGGCACCGCUUGGGGGAGUCGGCAAACGCUGCGAAACAAGCCAUCACGCAAGUCGUCGUGUCCAGGAUUCUCAUGGCAGCCCCUGGCAUGGCCAUCCCUCCAUUCAUCAUGAACACUUUGGAAAAGAAAGCCUUUUUGAAGAGGUUCCCAUGGAUGAGCGCACCCAUUCAAGUUGGGUUAGUUGGCUUCUGUUUGGUGUUUGCUACACCCCUGUGUUGUGCCCUGUUUCCUCAGAAAAGUUCCAUGUCUGUGACAAGCUUGGAGGCCGAGUUGCAAGCUAAGAUCCAAGAAAGCCAUCCUGAAUUGCGGCGUGUGUACUUUAAUAAGGGACUGUAAAGGAGGGAAGGACAUGUCUGCAGCUCACUCUGCCAUUGCAAAGCUGGUGUAGCCAUGCUGGUGAGAAAAAUCCUGUUCAACCCGGGUUCUCCCAGUUACAAAAACCUUUCAAAGACCCACUUUAGCCUUUUAGAAUAAAGCUGCUACUUUAACAGAGCACUUGGUGUGGGCCAAGCGUCUGACACCUCUUGACUCUCUUACAUUGAAUCAUGUUAAGAUUUAUAGAAAUACCUUCCUAUAGCUUUUAUAGUCAUUGUUUUUCAAAGACAAUAUCCCAGCCCUCUCCCAGGGUUUUAAAAAAGCACUGGUAGACAUGGAAUAGGUGCUCAGUAUAUGGUCAGUAAAUGUUCUGGUGAUUAUCAAUCAGUGAAAACAGAAUCUGUUUAAAAUACUGAAUUUUCAUCUCACUUCCAUUGCAAGUCAACGCGAGAUCUCAGCAGUGAACUGGGAAAACACAAAAGCUCUGGGCUAACCUGUAAAAACUGGCCCUGAAAUAUUAAAGGCAGUUUGCUUCUAGUUUGGCGACUGUGCUGGCCCAAUGUCGAUGAUGAAGUGUUUGGAUUUGUAGGGCAAAAGCUCCUUCACACCCCUUCCAAAAGUCAGUUACGGACCAGUGCAACAUGCCUCCCCUGCUGGAUAAUUACAUACAUUCAGAUUGUGAGUAGAUUUCCUUGGUAGACUUUAAUUUAUUGUUUUAUAUUCUUAUACAGAUAUUAAUCUUACCUUGCAGUUACUGACUUUGUAUUCAGCUAUUUACAUCAUAUGACUGAAAUGUACAAAUGUCAAGUUUUGGAAGUAUAUUCAAUACCAAUGCUGUAUGAGUGGGCUGAAUGUAGUUUGUUGUUUUUUUUCCUAUAAGAAGUGAGACCACAGUUCCAGCUACCUACCUGUCUUUUCUUCUCAUUCUUAUAGAUCUCUUCGACUUUCAGAAAGAUACAGUGAUAAUGUGUAUGAAUCAGUCACGGUGAAUUUUACUUGAAUAUUGUAUGUUACAUUCCACCUCAUUUAAAAAUAAUGAAACCAUGUACCACUGUUUACAUCAUUUGUAGUGAUUCCACAGAUAAUAUAUUUCAUAGAGCAGAUUAUGUUUCAAGUCUGUAGGUGUUUAACGUCAUAUACGGUCAACCCUCUGUAUCCGUGAGCUGCACCUCUGUGAAUUCAACCAAGUUUGGAUGGAAAAUCUUUUUUAAAAAGGUACAAAAUAUAUAUAACAAUGAAAAAUAAUACAAAUUUAAAAACCAGUACAGUAUAACAACUAUUGACAUAGUGCUGACAUUGUAUUAAGUGUUACAAGUAAUCUAGAGAUGAUUUAAAGUAUACAGGAGGAUGUGCCUAGGUUAUAUGCAAAUACUGCACCAUUUCAUAUCAGGAACUUGAGCAUCCGCAGAUAUUAGUAUCGGAGAGCGGUCCUGGAACGACUCACCCACGGAUACUGAGGGGCGACAUUUCUUGAAGUGAUGAAGCGUAGAUCAUUGUAUUCAGAGAUUGUAAGUGAAAAAAAUAUAAAAACUAUUUAGUUUUGACAGAUUUUUUUUCUGACAAUGUGACCAGAAUUGAAUUUCCUCAUAAAGAAAAAAUGGCGUGC